CUUUCAUCAAAACGAAAGGAAAGUACGAAAGAGUCAUCGCAGUGCUGAUUGUCGUCUGGUCUGGUGGCGUAAAAAAGUCAAGUGGCAGCGAAGAAAGUGACCCGCAGUUUCUUCGAGUUCGCAGUUGCAGAGAGAAAAGACGUAUAGAACCCAGUGGUGGAACUAAAAUUGUGCUGUAAUAUAUCGUGUUUCCGAUCCUGUGGUGGCUGCGGAACGAUGAGCGACUUCCUGAAAUCGGCGAUAAACUACUUCAACGCUGGUGGCCCCGGAAGCGUCGGCCAGGACAACGAAUUCGUCGGCCAGAUCGUGGAAAUAUCGAACGUGAAGCUGCGGAUCAAGCGCGUUAUCGCCGAAGGAGGGUUCGCAUUCGUGUUUGUCGCGCAGGAUGUCCAGUCCGGAAACGAGUACGCCCUGAAGCGGCUACUUGGUGCCGACAAGGAGGAAUGUAACAACAUAAUACGCGAGAUCAGCACCCUAAAACAGGUUUCCGGCCACCCGAACAUAAUAAAAUUUAUUGCGGCGACCUUCAUCGAUCGGACGCAGAAUGCUGCCGCUAAGAGGGCAGAAUACCUACUGGUCACGGAACUGUGCAAAGGAGGGUCACUGUACGACUGCCUGGAGAAAGAUUUGACUCCGGACACGGUGUUGCGGGUUUUCUACCAGGCCACGAAAGCAGUUGCACAUCUGCAUACGCAAUCGACACCGAUUAAUCAUAGAGAUAUUAAGAUAGAAAAUUUCCUUAUCGGAAGUGAUGGCCAGUUAAAGUUGUGUGAUUUCGGAUCGGCUUCGACCGAUACCUAUGCGCCGGACGCAAGUUGGAAUGCCCACCAGCGGGACAUGUUGGAAGAUCAUCUUGGCCGAUGUACGACGCCAAUGUACCGAGCACCGGAACAGUUGGAUACCUGGGCCAACUACCCGAUCGGAAUCAAGACGGACGUGUGGGCUUUGGGCUGUGUUCUGUUUUGCCUGUGCUACCGGAAGCACCCGUUCGAGGACUCUGCCAAGCUGAGAAUUAUCAAUGCAAACUACACCAUUCCGAACGAUUCGCGGUAUGCGUGUUUCAAUGAGAUUAUUAAAGGCUGCUUCCAGGUUGACCCUUUGAAGAGAUUCGACGUAUCAAUGAUACUGGAACGACUGGCAGCCAUAGCGGAGACGAAGGGCUGGCCACUGAAAGGGCCAUUGGUAUUGGAUGGUAAGCCAUUGAACACACCGCCGAAUGGUUCCACACCCAAUCUUAGUCCUAUACACCACCCGGAUGUAGCUGCGGCAAAUCACCAUCCUCCUCAGCGACCAGCUCCUCCGAGACCAACACCUCCAGUCGGUUCCAAUGCCGGUCCGCCCCAAGAAAGAAGAAACCCUCAACGUCCACCGGAUCCAGUUCGGCCUGCUCCUCCAGUCGUCGUUCCACCGGCACAUCAUUAUCCGCAUCCGCAGCCAAUGGUAGGUGCUGCGGGUGGAGGAGGAUUGUUCUCGUCGAUCAAAGGAGGAGCUGGCAGCUUCCUGAAAAACCUUAAGGAUACCUCUUCAAAGGUAAUGCAAACCGUUCAGCAAAGUAUCGCUCGUACGGAUCUUGAUAUAAGCUACAUCACACAACGGAUUUUGGUCAUGCCGUGCCCAUCCGAAGGUCUAGAAUCCACCUACCGGACAAACCACAUUGAAGAUGUGAAACUGUAUCUGGAGAGCCGAUUCCUUCCAACGAAGCUCAGUAUUUAUAACUUGGGACCUCGCAACUGUCCCAGAUUGCCUCCUCCGGUUCGUACGGUCGAAGGCAGUUUCCUGUAUUCUCCCGUUCCGGCAUCCUACAAGGCGCCCACUUUGUCCGGAUUGUACUCCUUGGCAGAGGACAUGUACGGCUUCCUGAAUGCGGAUCCCAAAACCGUCAUCGUCAUCCAGAGUCCAGACUCUGGUAAAGCCUUGGCUGCAACAAUGGUUUGCGCCUUGCUGGUGUACAGUCAGCUGGUAACGGAACCCGAAGAUGCGAUGCAAAUCUUCGCUGUCAAACGAACUCCUCCGAACAUGAGAGCUUCGGAACUAAGAUAUCUUUACUAUUUGGGAGAUAUUGUCCGAUCGGUUCCGCACUUACCGCAUUACUUCCCUGUUACAUUAGUUUCGGUCACCGCCAGUCCUGUUCCACGGAUGACGAAAGCACGUGAUGGCUGCCGAAUCUUCGUCGAGGUGGCUGCGGGAGAUCGAAUCCUUUUCAGUACCCUUCAGGAGUACGAUCGGAUGCGAAUGUACAAUGUAACGGAAGGUAAGGUCACCCUCACCUUGAAUGUGACCGUUUGUGGGGAUGUUACGGUUUCUCUGUAUCAUGCCAGAAAUGCUCUUGGAGGCAUGGGGCGGCCACAAGGUCUGAAAAUAUGUCAAUUCCAGUUCAAUACGGGCUACAUUCCAGAAGAGGAAACUCUCAUCAACUUUAGCAAAAAUGAACUAGACGAAGUUCCGGAUGUUGAACAUGUUCCGCACGGUUUCCAUGUAGGGCUUUCCGUAUUCGUCGGAGACUCGGAACGUCCUCCGUCGAAUCAACCACCUUGGAUCCCAGCUAAACCUCAAAGGGAUCCAAAAAUACUUUUUGCUUCCCAGCUAGAAUAUGAAGAAAAUGUAGACAACUUCAUUUCUAAGCCGAAUGCUUCCAAGCCAGCAACUGCUCCCAGUCGACCGCCUCCAAGACCAGCACCACCAUCGCCGCAACCCACGAGAGCUAAUCCCUCUCCUCCAGUAGCAACGGAGGUACCUCCAAACGUCCAAAACGAUGCCGAUCUUCUUAAUCUGAACAAUGCUAGUCAAAAGAAUCCGGAACAGUCUGCACCCGAACCAAGUGAAGCUACAUUUGAUCUGUUGGGAGGAUUCGCUCCCCCCGUAAUCGAAUCGUCCAAAUCCAACACUAAACCCGAAGCUGCCGCUGGUCUGGACGACAUAUUUGGCACACUUCCCAGCGGACCAACGCCGCUGCAGACAACCAAAUCCAGCACCGAUCUCAACGGACUCAAUCUUAAUUUCGACAACUUUGGAGGCAUCGCUCAACCGGCCGCCGCUUCGAACGGCUCCACCGCACCCAACGGAGUAAACAACCAGUUCAACAACAGCUUUGGCUUCGAUCCCUUCGCUAACAUUAGUGCAAGUGCGUUCCACAACAGCCACCAGGCGCAAGCUCAAACACAGCCGCAACCAAGCCAACAGCCUCAACAACCUGCCAACAAGGACCCCUUCGCGGACAUUGGUAAUCUGGCUUCGAAUUUGGGAAGUUCCGGCGGCUGGGGUGGUAAAUCGGGUACCAACACGACACCCAGUCCUCGAUCGACUCAGUUCUCUAGUCCGACACAUCACUUGAGCGGUGCCAGUACGGCGAAUCCUUCGCCGAGGGCACCAUCGACCCCGAUCCAUCAACAACAGCAGCAGCAGCAGAUGAGGAGUCCCAAUGCUGACCCGCAGCGCCCCGACUACAGUCGGUCGCACUUUGACCAGCCGAAACCAGCGGCAGCGAGCAAUGGGGGCAAUGGCGGCCCGAAGGAGAAAUCCGGUGAUAUCUUUGGCGAUAUUCUGGGUUCGCAGGGCUACUCGUUUGGAAGUUUGAAGAAUCAGGGACCGAAGACGAUUAACGAUAUGCGCAAAGAGGAGCAGAUCAAGGAGAUGGAUCCCGAGAGGUUGAAGCUAAUGGAAUGGACGGAGGGUAAAAAGAAUAACAUUCGAGCGUUACUCUGUACGGUUCAUACGAUACUGUGGCCAGGCGCAAAGUGGACAAAGUGUGAAAUGCAUCAACUGGUCAGUGCUACGGAUGUUAAGAAGACUUACAGAAAAGCGUGUCUUGCCGUGCAUCCGGAUAAGCACACUGGUACCGAGAACGAAAGCAUGGCGAAGCUGAUUUUCAUGGAACUGAACAACGCAUGGAGCGAGUUUGAGAAUGACGCUACGCAACAAAAUCUGUUUGCAAACUAACUUGUUCCACGUACGCUACUAACCAACCCUUUCCCUUAGACGUAAGUUAAGACAACGUUCAAUGGUAAACCGUUCCGUUGAGUUCCGGUUCCAGUUUGUUUGCGGUAAGUUUUGUAUGAUUUACUUCUACUGCAUAGCAAGAAGCGACUUUGUUAUCCCAUUAGAUGAAGAUAACGUUUUACGAAUUUAUGACUUGCAUUUUUGGUCAGUUCGAAACUAGAACUUCUGAUAGACUUUCAAUUGAGGGUUGUUGCUGCUGGUUGCAAAGCCCUCGAAUAAUAGAAUAGAAUGCUGCUAGAUAUUGUGUAUUCAAAUUUAAUUUUCCUGAAAAACGUGGUGAUUGUUGACAAUAUAUAAGAUGUUUAACUAAUUUCCAUUAGCUACUGCGACCCACUUUUAAAUUUUAUUGGUUAAGACAGAAGGCAAGUGGACAUGCUGAGCUUAUUUUUCCAUAUCUUGAAAUCAAGAUAUAAUGCCAAAGGGUUUUUAAAAUCUAUUAGGUAGGAGGAGUCUACCAACUGAAGGAAUGCCAGAAUAAUUAAUUAAAAUAUUCCUAAUGGUUAAUAAAACUCUAUCCUACAAAGAUAUAAUCAACCCGAUCUGCAUGAAAUUUCUUCUGGCUUUACCAUCAUCAUUGAAAAAUAAUCAAGGUGAUUUUCGAUUCUGAUGUUUAGUAUUGGUUUACCAAUAAGAGAUCCAAUUGUGUUUGGCACAAGCCAUUCAAAGUCUAUGUUUGACGCUGGCUUCCUAGGAAAGAUAUUGAAUUGCCUUCUAGACUCAGCUUGAGACUUGACCAAGGAACUUUAAACUCUUGUUAUUGCUUCGUUCAAAUUCUGUUAGCAGUAAUUUAAUUGAGGCCGAAAAACGUUGAGAUUAUGCUAAAUCAAAAUAAAAAUAACGGUAAAAUUUAAAUCAACAGAAAUAUACUUACGCAUUCUCGGUGUUAUUAUAAUUAUAUUAUUACUACAUGAAUAACAAACCAACCAAUUACAAGUAGCAAUGUAUAAUAAACUAAACAAAUAUCAAUUCAAUAAAAAGCCUGUUGUUGAAUAUAAAUGUAAUAACAAAAAGAACUCUUUAAAAUACACCACAUAUAGUAAUAGCUGAAUCAAAGAUGCAUAAAAGUUGAAUUGCGUUCAUGUGAGUCGUCGUCAUCGGUGACCCUAAUCGGAUGAUCGUGGUAAGAAAAGUUAAUAGCGGAAAUAAAUCUGUGAUUGAUUUUAAGCAAGCGAGAUUGUUGUUGAAUAGGCGUGAAAUAUCGGAAACAAACACAGCGAACGGCAGAUUAAUACAGUGAGAGAGUUGAUUUCAUUUGCUCAGUUUAAAGUAAUAAAACGUGUCUUACAAGAGGCGAUUAUUUUAUUGUAAAUAUUUUCGAACCUAUUACUUUAUAAUCUUAAUUUGUA